ACUUCUUUCAACAUGUCGACACCGUUGGCGCCUUUCUACCAGCUCCGUUGCGGCUGCAAUCAAUACCCAUGGGGCAAACAAGGAUCCGACUCUUUGGCAGCGCGCCUAUGCGCAAAGACACCAGGAUGGGAGGGAGAUGAUAAGAAGGACUUUACCAUUGACGAGAACACGCCUUACGCUGAGAUGUGGAUGGGUACAUAUCCCGUCUUGCCCUCCUACGUCGCAAGCACAGGCGAGGAUCUUCAAGAUGUCUUGGACCGGUAUCCAAAGGAGCUUCUUGGGGAAAAGGUCAUCGCAAAGUUUGGCCACACAAAGCUCCCAUACCUCCCCAAGGUCCUAUCGAUCGCGAAAGCGCUUCCUUUGCAAGUGCAUCCCAACAAGGAGUUUUCGAGCAAGAAGCACAAGGAAGACCCUGAUUCAUUCACCGACUCGAACCACAAGCCCGAAAUUGCUCUGGCUUUGACCGAGUUUGAGGCAUUCUGCGGUUUCAAGCCUGUGGAAGCCAUCGUGGAUGUGCUUCGUCGCAAGCCUUUGAGGCAUUUGCUGGUUGCUGGCGGUGCGACUGUGGCAGAUGAGAAGCUUUCUGAAGAGGGCUUGCGUCAAGUCGUCAAGACCAUCCUCAAGUCUUCUGACGAAGACAUCAAGAAGAUGUUUGAAGCAAUCAGGGAACUUCCAGACUCUGCUUUUGUUGGUCUCAACUCUGCCAUCCCGCAAGUCUCAAAACGACUCGAGGGCCAAUUCCCGAAGACCGAUCCCGGCCUACUAGUCGGCCUUCUAUGCAUGAACUACAUGCUCCUCCAACCAGGAGACGUCAUCUACAUCCCCGCUGGCGGUAUCCACGCAUACAUUGCAGGCGACAUCAUCGAGUGCAUGGCACGCUCCGACAAUGUCCUCAACACUGGCUUCUGUCCCAAGGCAGACCGUGACAAUGUGGAUGAGUUUUGCUCUGUCCUGGACUGGGAGCCCACAACCAAGAUGAAGACGGUUCUCCCGCCAGAGGGCUAUCCUCUUAGCAAAGAGGGAAAGACAAACAUUUUUCGACCGCCUACGAGCGAGUUUAAUGUGUUGGCGACGGACUUGGGUGCGGGUGAGCGGGAGGUUUUGGGUGAAGGUGGUGCCGCGAUCCUCAUCGCGACGAAAGGAAGUGCAACAGUCAAGGCGAAUGAUGAUGCAUUUGAGCUGUCAGAAGGACAUGUGUACUUUGUAGCACAGGGAGUCAAGUUGGAGAUUACAGCUGGAAAGCAGGGCGUGUUGAUGCACGCGGCGAUCGUGGAGUAA